AUGUCCAUGAUCUCUAGAACGACCGCACGGUCAAGACUUCAGCUCGUCAAGGCGAACAUUGGCAGGCAACAAUCACAGGCAACCCGCCGGUUUGCGUCGAGUGGUCCUACAAAGCCAAACGAGGCGACAGAGAAGGCUGCAGAGUAUGCGAAAAAGGCCUAUGAGCAAGGAUCUGCCGUAGCAGGCAAGGCUUUUGAACAGGGCUCUGCUCUCGCUGGAAAGGCACUGGAGGGAGCAAAGAAAUAUGGUGGAGAAUACACUGGUCAAGUGACGAGCCGUCUCGGUGCAUACCAAGAACCCCUCUUCUACAACUUUGCCGUCCUUCGAGAAGUUUUGAAGCAAGUCUACAUUCGCGAGUCGCUCGCCCCGCCUACCUCGCUCUCGCAAAUCACCCAAGUCUAUCGAUCCAUUUGGGAACAGGCAUCUUCUCUUCAAUGGUGGAGACAGCUCAUCGACUCUGGAGGAUGGAAAAAAGUUGGAAUCUACGCUCUCGAGGCGUAUGGUAUCUUCCAUAUUGGCGAAAUGAUUGGUCGAAGGAGUAUUGUCGGAUACAAGCUCAAGUAG